CCCUGGAGACAGAGGGUCCCUCUGCUGGGACCUCACAGCCUUUCUGCCCCAGGAACCAACGAGCUCCGUGUAGACCUUGUGGACUUCGAGGGUAACCGCCAAUUUGCCAAGUACAGCUCGUUCAAGAUGGCGGGCGAGGCCGAGAAGUACAGGCGUUUGGGGGCCUUCGCUGGGGGCAGCGCCGGGGAUUCCCUGUCAAACCACAACAACCUCGCCUUCUCCACCAAAGACCAGGACAAUGACUCCGUUCCAGAAAAGUGUGCUGAGCGCUACAGUGGGGCCUGGUGGUAUUUUCAGUGUCACCUGUCGAACCUCAACGGUCUCUACCCCCGGGGGUCUCACGAGACCUUUGCACACGGCAUCAACUGGACGUCGGGGAAAGGCUACAACCACAGCUACAAGGUGUCAGAGACGAAG